GGCUGUAUUCCUCAGGACGUUGGGGAGAAACACAUCCAAAAUGCUUGCUUGGGCUGGGGAGGUAGACCAACAGUAGUAGGCCUAUGCAGCGGAGGACGGAAAGGCGAACACGUGCUACACCAGUGGAGAGAUGAGUUCUAGCGACGACGUGAGGUUCAAAAUGGACAACAGUAGGCCUAACUUUAGCAUAUAGCACCAACGUCAAUUUGUUUUCAGAUGUCUUGGUGCUUAUUAAGUUAAUUAGGCCGAUGCUAUUAUGUGUCUGUGUGCACACCUGUCUUGUGCUAACUCUUAGGAUGACUGUGAGGAGAUGAAGGUGUAUUUUUCCCAGAGCAAAUAGGCCAGUUUGGCGGAAUGGGAGAAAAAGCGCUACAGAAACAUGAAGAGGAACCACUUAGCCAUGCUGGCUAUAGGUCUGCAGCCGCUGGUCCCUGUGUUUAUGAGGCGUGGCCGGGAGGGGAGGGAGAGAGAGCGCAGACCGCCCCCACAAGGACCUAGUGACACAGUGGAGGAAGAGGAAGAAUGGACCCCUCACCUGGAGAGACAACACCAGGGUAAAACUCAAAGGAGAAGGGCGAAGAAUUCCAGAACACCUACAGAAACCACUUCUAAACCCCCUCAGUCCAGAACACAUUCUACAGCCUCCACUUCUAAACCCCCUCAGUCCAGAACACAUUCUACAGCCUCCACUUCUAAACCCCCUCAGUCCAGAACACAUUCUACAGCCUCCACUUCUAAACCCCCUCAGUCCAGAACACCUUCUACAGCCUCCACUUCUAAACCCCCUCAGUCCAGAACACCUUCUACAGCCUCCACAUCUAAACUCCCUCAGUCCAGAACACCUUCUACAGCCUCCACUUCUAAACCCCCUCAGUCCAGAACACCUUCUACAGCCUCCACUUCUAAACCCCCUCAGUCCAGAACACAUUCUACAGCCUCCACUUCUAAACCCCCUCAGUCCAGAACACCUUCUACAGCCUCCACUUCUAAACCCCCUCAGUCCAGAACACCUUCUACAGCCUCCACAUCUAAACUCCCUCAGUCCAGAAGACCUUCUACAGCCUCCACUUCUAAACCCCCCUCAGUCCAGAACACAUUCUACAGCCUCCACUUCUAAACCCCCUCAGUCUAGAACACCUUCUACAGCCUCCACAUCUAAACUCCCUCAGUCCAGAAGACCUUCUACAGCCUCCACUUCUAAACCCCCUCAGUCCAGAACACCUUCUACAGCCUCCACUUCUAAACCCCCUCAGUCCAGAACACCUUCUACAGCCUCCACUUCUAAACCCCCUCAGUCCAGAACACCUUCUACAGCCUCCACAUCUAAACUCCCUCAGUCCAGAACACCUUCUACAGCUUCCACAUCUAAACUCCCUCAGUCCAGAACACCUUCUACAGCCUCCACUUCUAAACCCCCUCAGUCCAGAACACAUUCUACAGCCUCCACUUCUAAACCCCCUCAGUCCAGAACACCUACAGCCUCCACUUCUAAACCCCCUCAGUCCAGAACACAUUCUACAGCCUCCACUUCUAAACCCCCUCAGUCCAGAACACCUUCAACAGAAACCUCUUCUAAACCCCCUCAGUCCAGAACAUCUUCUACAGCCUCCACUUCUAAACCCCCCAAGUCCAGAACACCUUCAACAGAAACCUCUUCUAAACCUCCUCAGUCCAGAAGAUCUUCUACAGCCUCCACUUCUAAACCCCCUCAGUCCAGAAGACCUUCUACAGCCUCCACUUCUAAACCCCCUCAGUCCAGAACACCUUCUACAGCCUCCACUUCUAAACCCCCUCAGUCCAGAACACCUCAACAGAAACCUCUUCUAAACCCCCUCAGUCCAGAACAACUAAAACAUCAGUGACUACAGGGUCCUAUUUCUCACCUGCUACCUCAGCCUCAACCAAAACCCUCAACACAGAGACCUUAACCCCUACUGAGACACAGACCUUAACCUCAUCCCCAAUCAGAACCAAACGUUCUGACACCACAGCCACACCUAAAACCUCGACUAGCUCAGAGGUGACCCCAGCCUCAGCCACGCCCACUGCUACACAGGAAACCACAAGGUCUGACCCCUUGACCCCAGCCAGACCACAGCUGAGCAGAGGACCAGUGGUGACACGUAUUUUCACCUGGAUGUGGACUGACUGGGACAGUCACAAAAUGGGAAGAGAACCUUCAGGACAACCUCACCUGGAUGAGCUGACUGGAGAGAGAGAAGGAGAGGAGAGAGAGAGUAGGGACGAGACGGAGCGGAAGACAAAGAAAGAGAAGGAAAGAGAGGGAGAAGAGGAGAAACAGGAGCC